CUGAAUGAGGAGACCCGAAAGAGGACAGCGGUGUGUGUUGGAAUUUUACCCGGCAGAGGAGCUACCUCCCUCGGCGAAAACAUGUCGACCGACAGGGCGACGAGCCCGUGCAACAAAUUCCAAGCGAAUAUUUUUAACAAAAGUAAAUGUCAGAACUGCUUCAAACCCCGAGAGCUUCAUCUGCUGAACGACCUGGACAUGGAGCAGGUAAAGCCAGUGUAUGGAGGCUGGCUGUGUUUGGCUCCUGAAGGGACAGACUUUGAAAACCCCAUACAGAGGUCCAGGAAAUGGCAGCGACGCUUCUUCAUCCUAUAUGAAGAUGGAAGACUGAGCUUUGCACUGGAUGAACUGCCCAGCACUCUUCCUCAGGGGACCACAAACCUGAAUCUGUGCUCUGAAGUCAGCGAUGCUGAAACAAAGACGGGUCAGAAGAAUGCUCUGUGCAUCACCACACCACAACAGGAAGUCUUUAUCAGAGGAGACAGUAAAGAGAUCAUUAAUGGGUGGAGUGAUCAACUGGCUGUGUUUCUGCGCACCAACAAACAGAACCAGAAGAAGAAACGUAAAGUGGAGCCUGUAACCUCCCAGGAGCCGAGUCCAGCAAAGAUGGCUGCCACAGAUCAAAGUUUUCUGUCCUCAGAGAGUCCUGCAGAGUCCAGAUCAGUCACGGAAAAUCACGGAAUCAUUCAAGGUGACCGCUCUCCCAGUCUGAGUCCCGUUUGCAGUGACCCAGGACUUUUGUGUGAUCAGGACUGUUCACUGGACCUGCUGAGCUGCAGAAACAUGGAUGCUGACAGGAACAACAACAAGGACCAGGACAGAAUGCUAGAGAGAAAACAGCUUGGUGGCUCUGCAGAAAGGCUGCAGGGACUGGAUGAGCAGGAAGAUGGGAGCAAGUGGAGCAGGAGAGAAGGUCGUACCAACAAACGAGAGAAACUCCAGUCCUGUGGAGACAUCAACCAGCUCUGUACCCCCCAACCUCAGAGGAGGACCAGGUCUCUGGAUCGCAGGACGACUGAUACGGUCAUCACGCCAGAUUUAUUGAACUUUAAGAAAGGCUGGCUGGUCAAACUGGAUGAAAAUGAGCAGUCAAAAAAAUAUUGGUUUGUCCUCUCAACAAACAGUCUGAGAUUCUACAGGGACUCAUUAGCCGAGGAGUCUUCUGAACUUGAAGGAGAAAUCAAGCUGAUGAAGUGUUUUAAAGUAUCUGAGUUUGAGGUUCAGAGAAACUAUGGCUUCCAGAUCCAUACUCCAGACGGUGUUUUCACACUGUCGGCCAUGACAGCUGGGAUCCGCAGGAGCUGGAUUCAGGCUUUGAUGAGAAAUGUUCAUCCUGUUAACACCCCCGAUGUCACCAGUUUACCAGGACUCCAGCUCUCACCUGAGCUCCUCCUCAGACCAGACCUGACUCUGGACUCCUCAUCGGCACAGAGAGAUGCUGAGGUCAAACACAUCAGUGUGAAGCAGAGACGAAGAGAGGGACGAUACAGAACCUUCGACUGGGCUGGGUUUAAGUCUCAGGACUCGGACUCUCAGAGUAAACCAAGUCAGGAACCGACCCCUCAGAUAACAGACUAUGUGAGCUCUGAAGAUAGGAGGAGGAGUAGAGAGGAGAGAAGACGGAGAUAUGAAAGCAUGCUGGGCUUCUCUCCGAGUCCAGGGUCCCAACAGAGGGUAGAGGAGGAGAUGGAGGAUUACUGGAGAAAGGUGGAGACAAUUUUCUUCAGACCAGAGAACUGUGUCCCUGUUUUUACUGAGGGCAAAGACUCUGAGGAGCUGCUGGAUCAAUACAGGCUCUCGGUGGAUGAUCUGAAGGCUCAGCUGGAAGAGUCGGAACGUCUCAGACUGAAACUGGAGGAUCAGCUGAGAGCAGUAACCAGCAAUCAGCUGGAACCUCCUCUUAAAUCUGAUGCAGAUUGCUCUCCAGCAGAAAUACAGGAAAAGCCGUCAAACAUUCAAACAGAAACACUGACAGAAAGAACGGAGAGCUCACAGGAGCAGAACAUCAUCAGACAGGAACAUCCUCCUUUAACACCGAGCAUCCUGCUGCACGACUCUGAUGGGAACCUGAAGGAGGUUCUUCAUACAGACACCACACCUUUAUCAUCAUCAUCAUCCUCACCCCCCCCAACAGCAGAAGGAAUGACUGCAGAAGCUCUCCUAGCCGUAGAAUCAACAAUCCUGCAGGCUGAUCAGGAUGAGCCGGGUCAAAACAACCAUAAUGGAUCAUCAAUUACUGAUCAGCCUGAAGAGACUGAUGACCCUUCUCUGAGCCUUUGUGUGGAGCAUCACCUUCCUCCAGACCAGGAGGUGCUAAGGCGGCUCACACAGGAGGUGCAGCUCCUUAUUAGUGAGAAGGAGGCGCUGAACCAGAGGAAUCAAGAGCUGCUGCACCAGCUGACAGAGGCCAGCUUUGAGAUUGAGCGUCUGAGGGCAGAACUCAACACAAGGCUCUCUGAAACACAACACUCACCUGAUGAAGAGCCCUGCCACCUUAAAGAUGAAGAGGAGAAGCUGGAGGGGUCUUGGGUGGAGGAUCUGCAGGUGGAGCUCAGUCUGAGGAGCCAGGAACUUCUUGAGGCUCAGAGUCUGAUCUCCUCACUGGAGGAGAGCCUGAGGGAAACAGGUGAGCUUCUGCAGCUGAACAACACGGCAGAAAAAGAGGAGGAACUUAAGGAAGACAGCAAGAGGAAAGAGGAUGGACAUCUGUGUUUGGAGGAAAAAAUGCAGCUGAACCAAUCAGAACAAAGCUGUGAAGAGCUAGAAACUGGAUUGAAGGAGGCGAAAGAACUUCACCAUCUAUCAGCUGAAGGGGCAGAGUCUUAUCCCAGGGAGCAGAGUCAAAAUGAUGAAGAGGGCAGCAGAGUUUUAGGUUCUGAUGAAAAGAUCCAGAGAGUAAUGGAGGGGAUGGGGAUGAGAAUGAAGGCUUUGGAUAAACUCCUGGAGAUGAUGGAUGAAGUAGAUAUCAGUCUGAGUGGGGAGGAGGAGGAGGAGCUGACGAUGAAGAGCCAGCUGGAGAAGGAGGAGCAGUUCUUGAGUUCAGUGAUCAGCAAACUGGAAUCAAAUCACUCUGAAGAGACGCUCCUCAGGGAGGUGAUGGAGAGGAUGAUGGUGGAAAAACAGAUGCUGCUUGUAGGGCUCAGUCUAAUUCCUGAAACAGAUUCAUGCUCAGAGGAAGAGGGAAACGUUUUAACACAUCUGGAUUGUUUCUGGAAAAAAGACGAAAACAAGAGAUUAGAGAUUAAAGAUUUUAAAGACAUCAUACAGAUGAAAAUUUCUUUACUGAACCUCCUUACCUCCUCUAUCACCUCCUCCACACUGGACAGACUCAAGCUGGUUGCAGAUAGACUGUCAGACUCUUCCACGUCAGAUUCUUUGUGGUUUGGUCUUAUUAUCUCUGCAGCCGAUGAAGCUCUCUCCUGCUACCUUCAGUCUCGAUUUGAACUCAGAGAAAACAUACAACCUCUGCCCAUUACUUCAGCUCUCUGUCCAAACUGUGUUGAUGUUAUGAAAGAAAACCAGGAGUUGACAGAAAAGCUGUCCAACAGAGAGGAAGAAGAGCCACCAUCACUAAAAGAACAUGUGGACUCAAGUUGUCAGACAGAAGAGACUCAAACACGGGACUCUUACACUGAGUUACAAGUUGAAUUUGAGGAAAAUAAUGAUCGGACAGCACAGGAGGAGUGUGUUGAAGUCUUUCCUUUGUGUGAUGAUGAUGAUGAUGAUGAUGAUGAUGAUAAGAGCAUGGAGGAGAAAAAGGAAAGAGAAGAAUACCAGGAAACAGAGUGGCACUCAGAGACAGAUGAGUUUUUACUCCUUAGAGGACGAGUGAAGGAGCUGGAGGAACAGCUGUCCAUCAUGGAGGAAAUGAGAGCAAGGUUUGAUGGGAAACUGAGUUCUGUUCAGACACAACAUGAGAGAGAGAUGGAGAAGCUGAAGGCUACCUGCAAGCUUGGUAUGGCCUCCAUGGAGGAGGCUCACCUUAAGGUGGUGGAGGAGCUGCAGCGUCGACACCAACAGGAAGUGGAGCGUCUCCUGAUGGAGCGAGACAAACUGCUGGAGGAGGAGAGCGCUGCCACGGCAACUGCAAUUGAGGCAAUAAAAAGUGCCCACCGCAUGGAGCUGCAGAGGGAGGAGCAGAGGAGACGUCAGUGUGAGAACAACUCGGGUAACGCUCACCUGGAGGAGAUUUACAGACGGCACAGGGAGGAGCUGGCCUCCUGUCACAGGGAGCUGCAGGUUCUCUCUCAGCAGUUCACUCUGAGGUGUUUGGAGGUCGGCCAUCUCGUUCAGGCUCUGGAGGCAGAGAGGAAGGCUCUCAGUGUGUGUCAGCAGGAGAAUCAGCACCUGAGGACCAGGAACCAGGAGCUUAGCGCUCACCUGGCUGCAGAGAUCAGCAGACUGUGUUCUCAGGUGAAGCAGGAUGACCUGCAGCUUGGUCAGAGGAUGGACGUAUACGAGAUGGAGAUCACGUUGAGAGUGAAGGAGUCUGAAGUUCAGAGUCUGAAACAGGAGACAACAUCCCUGAAGGACGAGCUUCAGACAGCUCAGAGGCCAACUGGACCCUUACAAAGUAGCCUGUCAGGAAAUUCAGUGAAGAGUCUGGCACAGUAAACAAAGGGAAACAGUGGAGGAGAUCCAGCAGUUUGUGCCCUGUCCUCUUGGCAUGUGGCUGUUUAUCACAACAAGACAAGAACUGUUUCACUGACAUAAUUUGCAAAGCACAUGAACAGCUUUGAAAUUGCUCUCUCAAGACCCAUGGGAUAUUUAAAAAUAGUGUUUCGAUCAAUCAGUGAACCGCUGUGUCUAGCUUCACCCUUUGAGGUUAGAUAUGUAUGCUUGGUACCCAAAAGAAGAGUGCCAAAACAGCAGGAUGGCACAUACUGAUUUUAGGAAUACAAACUAAUGCAAACCUUACUAAACCAAAGUGAACCAGAAUACUCAAUGGAAAAGCACCAUUACUGGAUGUCACUUUUAAUUGACCUAUUGGAUCAUGGAGCAACCAGUGCAGCCGUGUCUCAGGUGGUGGUUUUAGCCACAAACAGGACAAAUGAUUCAUUAUCUUAAAAUGUUGUGUUUCUGUACAUCUCAUUACAGGACAAGAGAAACGCCACUAAGAAGUACAAGGAAACGUUUACAGAGCUGAACAUCCUGAGGGCCAAAACUGAAAGGGAGACAGAUGAACUGCGUGAAAACCUGAGGCUCGCCCACCGCGCUUUGGACCAAACCUCA